GGGAUGAUGAUACUACUAGUAGCAGUGGUUGUUUGUGGCGGCAACGUGGUGGUGGAAGGAGCGAACGUAAGUUAUGAUGGAAGAUCGCUUAUGAUUGAUGGGCAACGUAGAAUUUUGUUUUCGGGUUCAAUUCAUUAUCCUCGAAGCACCCCUGAUAUGUGGCCAUCAUUGAUAGCUAAAGCCAAGCAAGGUGGUUUGGACGCCAUACAAACCUAUGUGUUUUGGGACCUCCAUGAGCCACAACCUGGCCAGUAUGAUUUUAAUGGAAGAAAUGACAUAGUAAGUUUCAUUAAGCAAGUCCAACAACAAGGUCUUUAUGUAACCCUUCGUAUUGGACCUUUCAUUGAGGCCGAAUGGGGUUACGGAGGCUUGCCAUUUUGGUUACAUGAUGUUCCUGGCAUCGUCUUUCGUACCAACAAUGAACCAUUCAAGUUUCUGAUGCAAAACUUUACAACCAAAAUAGUGAACAUGAUGAAAGAUGAGAACCUUUUUGCUUCACAAGGAGGCCCAAUUAUUUUAUCUCAGAUAGAAAAUGAGUACCAAAACGUUGAAGGAUCCUUUCAUGCCGACGGGCCAAUAUAUGUCAACUGGAGCGCGCAAAUGGCAGUGGCUCAAAACACUGGUGAACCAUGGAUGAUGUGCAAGCAAGACGAUGCACCUGAUCCCGUGAUCAACACCUGCAAUGGGAUGAGAUGUGCAGAAACAUGGAAAGGACCAAACUCACCAAACAAACCUUCUUUAUGGACCGAAAAUUGGACUUCUUUUGUACAAGGAUACGGAGAAGAUCCAUACCUGAGAUCAGCCCAAGAUAUCGCCUUUCAGACAACUCUCUUCAUUGUAAAGAUGAAUGGAAGCUAUGUAAAUUACUACAUGUAUCAUGGAGGAACAAAUUUCGGAAGGAACCCUGCAUCAUUUAUCAUAACAAGUUAUUAUGAUCAAGCCCCUCUUGAUGAAUAUGGCAUGCUCAGACAACCAAAGUACGGCCAUCUUAAAGAUAUGCACUCGGCAAUGAAGUUGUGUUCACAGGCUUUACUCUAUGGAGACUUAACCAUCGAAACUUUGGGUCAAAAUCUUGAAGCAUAUGUCUACAACACAAAUGCUGGGGAUUGUGCUGCAUUUCUCAUCAAUAAUAAUAGUCGAGAAAGUGGGGUUGUAUUUCAUGGUUUUCCAUAUACUUUGCCAUCAAAGUCGAUUAGCAUCUUACCAGACUGCAAAACUGUAAUCUUUAAUACUGCAACGGUAAGCACACAAGUUAGUACACGAUCAAUGGAGCCAGUCAUAAAGUUCGAUUCACUUCAGCAAUGGGAGACAUUUAGUGAAACUGUCCCUCAAUUCGACCAGGCAUCAUUGACGUCUGAUACAUUGCUAGAACAAAUGAAUACCACAAAAGACACAUCAGAUUAUCUUUGGUACUCUAUGAGUAUCCAACAUGACUUGUCGGAAGAUCAACAUAUGCUCAGAGUGAACUCUUUUGGACAUGCCCUGCACGCAUAUGUUAAUGGAGUCCUUGUGGGUUCUCAGCAUGGAACUCGUAAGGCUCCAGGAUUUACAUUUGAAAACAACAUUACUUUUUCCACGGGAAUCAACAAUAUCUCUUUAUUGAGUGUAAUGGUUGGAUUGCCGGAUUCAGGGGCCUAUAUGGAGCGUAGACGUUCAGGGUUACAGGAGGUGUUUAUUGAAGAACUCAACUUAACAAGCUACUCGUGGGGAUAUCAAAUCGGGUUGCUGGGGGAGAAGCUAUCGAUUUACACAGAGGAUGGGUCAAGUAAUGUCUCGUGGAACCAGUAUGACAAUUCUGGUACUCUAACAUGGUACAAGACUACAUUUGAUAUGCCCGAGGGAAACGAGUCAAUUGCCCUAAACCUUGGUUCAAUGGGGAAAGGAGAAGCUUGGAUCAAUGGCCAAAGUAUUGGAAGAUAUUGGGUUUCAUUUAAUACCACUGGAGGCUCUCCUUCUCAAACAUGGUACAACGUACCACGGUCUUUUAUUAAGCCCACGGAUAACCUACUAGUUUUGUUCGAGGAGGAAUUUGGGAACCCGUUAAAAAUUUCCUUAGAUACUAUUUCUAUCAAUAGAAUAUGUGGACAUGUAUCAGAUGUACAUCCACCUAAGGUAGAUUCAUGGAAAGUAAGUGAUCAUUAUCAAUGGAGACCGAGACCUAGAGUUCACCUACGAUGUCCUCAAAAACGGAACAUCACAAGUAUCGUGUUUGCAAGUCAUGGUGAUCCUUCUGGUGACUGCAACAGCUACUCCCUAGGAGAGUGCCAUUCCUCUAACACUCAACAAAUCGUCGAAAAGGCUUGUUUGGGGAAAAGGCAAUGCUCGAUUGCUCAUACGACAGGAAAUUUUGGUGCAGACCCAUGUCCGGGGACACCAAAAACACUUUUGGUGGAUGCAAGAUGUGAAUAGAAACGAAAAAUAGUGUUAUAAUCGAUUCUUUUGCACACAAAAGGAAAAGUAAUAAGCAGAAAAUAUGCAAUAUAUAUAGUAGUCUAAAAGCUAACAUAUAUACGCAAAUUCAUUAAUUGUACUUGAUUGAUAUAUGUUCAUUUUACAUGGCAAUAUAAACUCGAAUAUAAUUUAUUUUUA